AUGAUGGAUUCUUUAAAACGAGGAGUUAAACGGAAAAAAGUUUACACAAUGAGCGAACCUGAGCAAGAUUCCAAAAAACAAAAGAAGAAACCUAUAAACACUUCUAUCUAUAUCAGUAAUUUACCAGUUGAUGUCACUGAAAAUGAAUUGGCAGAAGCUUGUUCAAAGUAUGGCGUAUUAAUGGUAGAUCUGGCUACUGGUCAUCUUAAAGGAGAUGCACUUGUAACUUAUUUGAAAGAAGAGUCUGUCACACUAGCAUGUCAAUUGUUAGAUGAAACUAUACUGAGACCCGAAGAACCUUAUAAAAUACGUGUUCAAAAAGCUGAAUUUAAAGAAAAAGAUCCUAAAAUAUUAGAAAGUAGUCAAAGUAAUUCCAAAAAAGUUGAUAAAUAUGAAGUAAAGAAAAAACUUCGUCAACUUGAAAAAGCAGAACGUUAUAAUAAGAUAGCAAUCUUGAAACAUAUGUUUACCAUAGAAGAAUUGGAGGAAGACAUUCGCAAUGAGUGUGAGAAAUUAGGAGAAGUAACGAACGUUGUAUUGUAUGAUAAAGAACCCGAAGGAAUUGUUUCAGUAAAAUUUAAAGAUCAAAUUAGUGCUGAAGCAUGCGUACUGAAAAUGAAUGGGCGAUUUUUUGCUGGUCGUCGUGUCGAGGCAGAAAUAUUUGAUGGAAAACAAAAGUAUCAAAAAACUGGUUCGAAAUCCAAUGAAACAGACGAAGAAGAAGCUACCAGAUUAGAAAAAUAUGCUAAAUGGUUGGAGGAACAAAAUACUGGCACUGCUAGUGCCAAGACCAAUACCAUUAAUGUGGAUGUUGGCAGUGAUGAUCUUGGCGCUAGUGGUUCCUCUAGUGUUACAAAUAAUCUAGUGAAAGAGAAUCCUGAACAAAAUACAAAGACAACAACCGAGAAUAAUUUGGUUAACGCUUUAAGAAGCUUCAGAAAUCAAAAUUUACUUCAGACUAAACAAUCAGCAAUAACCGAGAAAGAUAUCUUAAUCAAUCGACCUCAACAAAGAUUGAAAGAGGAAUUGAGAGCUGAAAAAUUGACCACCAAUCACUCCUACAUAUAA